CAUUGCUCCAACAAUGGAAGAAAUAUUUGAUAGAGAAUUAGUGGAAAAAUGCAAAUUCGCCAACUUCGCAAGAAUGAGGUUCAGAUCCCAAAAAGAAGCUUUCACAGAGGAUCAAUUUUAUGAACUUUCCAUGAAGUUUUAGGAAAUAUAAAUACAAUAUCUAUCAUUUAAAUCACUGCUGUCUUGUUAUCCAACACGCAUAUUUUGACCCCAGGGCUGAUAAAUAUGCAGAGAUGAUGAAAAUCUGGAGCAAGCAUUCUAAGAAAUCUAGCCAGUCAAGCAUGAGAGAAGAGGCAAAAUUAGCCAAGAAUUCUGCUAAAAGAAAGGACCCAAAAGGAAUUUCCCGGAAACUAAUAAACUCAUAUAAAAAGAGUAUGUCAACUAGCCAGUGCUUUAAAAAUAAUUCGAAAAAGAGCAUUGGAAAUAAUGGCGGAAAAAUCAUUUCAAUGUCUCAGCUUAAGGACAUGAGGGACUCAGUUCCCAAGAAGAUUUCUGACCAAAAGAUUCGUGUAAAUAAGCCCUUUAAGAAGAGCAGAAAUUCCAGCAAACACUCUGUGUCUCGGCAUAGUGGCUCUCAGAUGAAAACUUACCAAUCUGUCUUAAAGAAUCGGAAGGAUCUCAAUGCCCAAAAUGUAACCUCGCCUGAGGAAAAGAAGGCUAGGAGUGGUAAAACUGCUAAAAGUAGUAUGACUAGUAGCACCCAGACCAACACAGCUAAUAAGAAGAAAAGAGGCAAUAUGAAAUCCUAUGCAGAAACUAAGAACAAUCUUUGAGCCAAUUUCUUCAACAUCUCUGAAAAUAAAGACAGAAUAAAAUGUGAGAAAACGACUGCUGUAAAAUACGAUAGAGAAAUGAAGAAGAAGCUCAAAGUACUUGGAAGGAACAACGAUACUCUAACUCACGAAGGUUUUCAUGACUUACUCAACCAGACCCAGUCUGGCUAUGCAGACCACAACCAGACUUUGGAAAUAGAACUCCUCAAGAAAGGUGACGAAACCUGCCAAGUUAUCCCUUCGUCGAAUGUAUGAUUCAGUGGAAGGCAUUCUCUAGCCCCAAGCAGUAAUAAAAAUAAAAGUAUCAAGAUCAAAGGAACUAAAUCACAGAACAAAUUGAAGAAAAAUAAACAGAAAAUCAAGAAAAGCACCGCCUACGAUUUCGUCCAAUUUGAAAAUAGGGACAACCUUGAUAGCGAAAAUCCCUCUGUGACUUUUAGAGAAGAGAAAAAGGACAGCUCCAGAAGGAAUAGUAUCAACAAGAGCAUGAUUAGGAUCAAGAGUUCGAAGUACUUGUGCUCCCAAGAUGAGAAGAAGAGGAGUCUAUGUGCUAGGAGAGCCUCUCAUAAUACUAAAUCUACCAAUCAUUUGUUCCAUCUCCCCACUCAAUCAGAGUUGAGGUAUAGUAAGAACUACACUACAAAGAACAAAAAUGCAGGGAAAUCAAAAACUAAAUUUUUUGGAAAUUCCAAGAGGAAUUCUGGAUCUAUGACUACCAAGAAUAAAUCAAAGGUAAAUAUUGCAAGGAGUGUAUCCAAUAUCAAGCCAAAACAGAGAGUGAAGAAGAAAGCUCUCACAGGGUUCAUAUCCUCAACAGAUUUUAGAAUGAAGAAGAUUGCCAACACAAAACAACCCUCUAAGCCAACUGAUGAUAAACCCGACAUUAUGCCAGAGAAUGAGGGUAGUAGCUUUAAAAAUAGUAAAGCGAGUGUCCUAAAACAAACACCUCCACAAUCAAUAGAGAUGAAGAAGCCUAGGGAUCGUCUGAGCCAGAGAGGCCUAAGUAUCCAGAUAAAUCUAAUCUCUUAUCCUAACACCGACACUAAGGAGCCAAAGAAGUUAGAGUCUUAUGACGCAAAUGAUUGGAAGACAGAGCAGAAGAAGGACGGAUAUUUCUCCAAAGAGAAUAUUUCCAACCUCCGAAAGAGUCCUCCCCAGAAGCAACAGAAGAGCCAUCGCAAGAACCAGAACAAUUUCAAGAGAUUUGAUAAGAAUUGCUUAGCUGAGGCCAAGCACAAACUCGAGCAACAGAAAGACCCAGAAAUCGAGGAGGCUGAAAAUAAAGAAAUCAUAGAAGAAAAUAUCCGGAAACAGCUAGAUUUCAGUACAAAUGCAAUCAACAAGGAAGAAAAUAUGCAUCCUAACUGUGCUCCUUUAAAGACAGAUAGGACAGAGAAGGAAUCUGAGAAGAGAAGGAUGACCAAUACUAUCCCUCUUGGUGAUCCUAAUAGGAUGGAAAUUCAGAAUUCAGCUCCUCACAAGAAAAAGAAUGAUGAUGAAUGGCUCAACACUGUCUUUAGUACAGAAGAAGAAAAGAUGAGCUUUGAGGAGAACAGAGGUAGAUCCAUCAGUAAUGGGAAAAGUAGUCAAAGAGCAGGAAGUAACAACAGCAAUGGGUCCAAGAUUAUAGUAAAGAAAAUGGAUCCUCAAGGGUCUCUCCUUAGCUCAACUUUCCAACUAAGUUCACAGCUGUUAAGCUCAAGGCUAAGUUACAAUCUCUCAGCUUCAGAAAGUGGAGGAGUUGUAGAGACAAAAAGCCAAGAAAGUAAAGAAGAAUCAAACCCUCAAAGUGUCCCUAAGGUUUGCACAGAGAAUCAGCUUCAAGCAAGUGCUUGUACGUAUGAUCUCUCAGAUAGCGAAGAUGAGCCUACUCUAAACGUUUCUAAGAAAAACAACCUUGAACGAAAUCCUUCAAAUCACCUGAAGAAUUACCAAAGUGAAGGGGUCUCAAAGAUGAACCCUAACAACAAGAUUUUCAUCCAAAACACUUAUAUGGAUGAGAAUAGGGAUGAUGAGUUUGGGGACCUCAAUAUAGAACUAACCAACCCAGAGAAGACAGACCAUGAUAAUUACUGAGAUAAAUCUCUUGAGGAAGAAGAAAUCAAAAGAGUUGAAGUCUCUGAUAUUAUAGACCUUGAUUACUCUUCCCAGUCAACUUUGAAAGAAAUCCCACAAAAGCAAGUCCCUCAAGGAGUAGCUAAUGUCCAGAUCGACCUCCAGCAUGACAGUACUGAAGAAGUGGAGGUUGUUAAAAGCUUAUACGAAAGCCAGAACAACUCCAUUGAGCAAGACCGGUCACUCGAAUACAACAACACAGAUAGUUACUCAGAUUGUUCAGAAGAGUAUCAACAAAAGAGUUUCAGAGAGAAUGGCUAUCUCUUCAAAAAGUUGGAUUUCAUGAAGAAGUAGGCAUAUAAGAAAAUACAUAAAUAAUUCCUAACUUUCAAUAAUA